GGAAAUAAAACUGGCUAGGGGACUUGCAUAGAGAGACCCAAUUCGCAGAACCCAAUUCCGGGACGAGCUUGGAAGUUGAUGAAGUUCUCGUUUCUCGGCAAUAUGCCGAUGCCGAGGCAAUCCUUAAACCGCCGCCUCCUCAUGCCAAUGCCGAGGAUGCACUCUUCCCGCUUCCGGAACCUCAGUCAUUGCCAUUUCCAUCCUCUUCUUGGCAUUCUCAUACUUCUCUUCUCUGCUCUUCCCUUAGCUGAUGCUGCUUCUAGUUCGGAUUCGAACAAUGAAGUCCUUACACUCUAUUCAUGGCUGCACAGCUCUUCCAGUAACACUGCUCCUCCUGAAGCUCUUUCCAGUUGGAACCCUUUGGAUUCCGACCCCUGUGGUUGGGCCCACAUUACUUGUUCUCCUGAGAAGUUUGUCACUGAGAUCAACAUUCAGUCCACUGAGCUUGCUCUACCCUUCCCUUCUAAUUUUUCAUCACUCCCGUUCCUCCGGAAACUCGUCAUCUCCGGUGCUAAUGUUACCGGCACGAUCUCACCUGAUAUUGGGGACUGCAGUCGGUUGGAAGUCUUGGACUUUAGUUCGAAUAGUAUUGUCGGUGGUAUUCCUUCGAGCAUCGGGAGGCUCAGGAACCUCCAGGACUUGGUCCUGAACUCGAAUCAGCUCACCGGGAAGAUUCCCGAGGAGGUUGUUAACUGCACGAACCUGAAAAACCUGAUCCUCUUCGAUAAUUUCUUAAGCGGGAGCCUUCCAGCGGAACUGGGAAAGCUCUUGAACUUGGAGGCCAUUCGUGCUGGUGGGAACAAGGACAUCUCCGGUGAAAUACCGAGCAACAUUGGCGACUGCCAGAACUUGAGGGUCCUUGGUUUGGCCGAUACUAAGAUUUCGGGCUCCAUUCCAUCUUCGUUGGGCAAGCUGAGGUAUCUUCAGACGCUUUCUAUCUACACGACCCUGAUAUCUGGAGAAAUUCCGCCGGAGUUAGGGAACUGCUCUGAGCUCCUGGACUUGUACCUUUAUGAGAACGACCUCACGGGGUCGUUGCCUCGUGAGCUUGGUGGGCUUCAGAAGCUUGAGAAGAUGCUGCUAUGGCAGAACAACCUCAGUGGGCCUAUAGCUGAGGAAAUUGGAAACUGCAGGAGCCUAAAGAUCAUCGACCUCUCCUUGAACUCUUUUUCCGGGAGCAUCCCAGAAUCCUUCGGGAACCUCUUGAGCCUCGAGGAGCUCAUGCUGAGUAACAACAACAUAUCGGGUUCGAUUCCUCCAGUUUUAGCAAAUGCUAGAGAUCUCAUUCAGCUGCAGCUCGACACAAAUCAGAUAUCAGGUCAGAUCCCACACGAGCUUGGAAACUUGACGAAGCUCACGGUCUUCUUUGCAUGGCAGAACAGACUCGAAGGCAGCAUUCCGUCGGAGUUAGCCAAAUGUGUGGGCCUCGAAGCUCUUGACCUGUCCCACAAUCAAAUCACUGGAACGCUUCCUCCCGGGCUAUUCCAGCUCCGGAACCUAACGAAGGUUCUCUUGAUCUCGAAUGGGAUUUCUGGCCGGAUCCCACCGGAGAUUGGCAGCUGCAGCUCCCUCAUCAGGUUACGACUAUCGAAGAACAGAGUUGGAGGAAAAAUCCCCAGAGAGAUAUUCUCGCUUAAUAACCUCAGCUUUCUCGAUUUGUCUGAUAAUGACCUCAUGGGAUCAGUCCCCGAAGAGAUUGGGAAUUGCACUUCUCUGCAAAUGCUCAACCUGAGCAACAAUAGCCUAGGAGGCACUCUCCCUAGCUCGAUCUCAUCCCUUUCAAGGCUUCAGGUCUUGGAUGUUUCAGAGAAUCACCUCGAGGGUCAGGUUCCAGAGAACCUUGGGCGGCUUUCUUCGCUCAACAGGUUGAACAUCAGGAGAAAUUCGAUUUCUGGGUCAAUACCUUCUUCCCUUGGGCAAUGCUCCAACCUCCAGAUGCUCGAUCUCAGCAGCAACUCACUCUCAGGACCAAUACCGGUUGAGCUAUUCGAGAUAAAGUCUCUUGAGAUUGCCCUCAACCUGAGCUGGAAUUCGUUUUCAGGAAUUGUCCCGCCUGAGAUAUCUUCUUUGGACAAGCUAUCGGUACUGGAUUUCUCACACAAUUGGCUCGAGGGUGACUUAUUGGCACUUUCAGGACUGGACAACCUCGUGUCACUGAACAUCUCGUACAACAACUUCACCGGUUACCUGCCUGACACAAAGCUCUUCCGGCAACUGUUGACCAUGGAAUUGGCGGGAAAUGCAGGAUUGUGUCCUAGGGGAAGGGACACAUGUUUCCUAGGAAAUGCAACAAUUUUAGGAUCAGCACAAAGCAGGAAUGACUCAAAAGAGUCGAGGACAUUUAAGCUGGGAAUCUCAUUGUUAGUCACCUUAACUGUCCUACUUGUGAUUUUAGGCAUGAUAGCAAUUGUCCGAGCAAGGAAGAUCAGAAGAGGAGAAGAUAACGACUCUGAAAUGGGAAUCUAUGCUUCUCCUUGGCAGUUCACACCAUUUCAGAAGAAGCUCAACUUUUCAGUGGACCAAGUUCUGAAAUGUCUGGUGGAGGAGAAUGUCAUUGGAAAGGGAUGCUCAGGGAUCGUUUAUAGAGCGGAACUAGGAACUGGGGACGUAAUAGCCGUGAAGAAACUGUGGCCCACAACAGUGGCUAACGGGGACAAGCUAGGAAUCGAUUCAGGUGUCCGGGAUUCCUUCUCAGCGGAGGUAAGAACUCUUGGGUUGAUCAGGCACAAGAACAUCGUCAAGUUCCUGGGGUGCUGCUGGAACAAGAACACGAGGCUGCUCCUGUACGAUUACAUGCCGAACGGGAGCUUGGGCUGUCUUCUGCAUGAGCGGAGUGGGAACUGCCUGGAAUGGGAUGUGAGGUAUCGAAUUGUGCUCGGAGCGGCCCAGGGCCUUGCGUAUUUGCACCAUGACUGUGUCCCUCCUAUCAUUCAUAGGGAUAUUAAGGCCAACAACAUUCUCAUUGGGCCAGAGUUUGAGCCCUAUAUUGCCGAUUUCGGGCUUGCCAAGUUAGUUGUUGAUGGAGAUUUUGCCCGGUCCUCAAAAACUGUUGCAGGAUCCUAUGGUUAUAUUGCCCCUGAGUACGGGUACAUGAUGAAGAUAACAGAAAAGAGCGAUGUGUACAGCUUUGGGGUCGUGAUGCUGGAGGUGCUGACAGGGAAGCAACCCAUCGACCCAACCAUCCCAGACGGCCUCCACAUCGUGGACUGGGUGAGGCAGAGGAGGGGUGGGGUGGAAGUGCUGGACCCGAGCUUACGAGCCCGGCCAGAUCCCGAGAUCGAGGAGAUGCUGCAGACGGUGGGGGUGGCGAUGCUGUGUGUGAACCCAAGCCCCAACGACCGACCCACGAUGAAGGACGUGGAGGCGAUGCUCGGGGAGAUAAGGAAGGACAGGGAGGAGGGCAUGAAAGUCGACAUGAGAAGUAAUUGUCAUGAGUAUGGGGAGGAGGAGACUUCAAAUGGAAAAAGAAGCAAUGCAGUGGGAAGCAACAAUAAUGCAAGCUUCUCUGCUUCCUCAGUGCUCUUCUCUUCAUCUUCAUCUUCGAAUGUGAAAUUGGAUUCCGAGUAGUUGAGAAUUAAUGGUUUCUUGCUAUACAAGGUUGCUUGCUCGGUUUAAUGUAGCAUAAGUUAAAUUUAGACCAAUAAGAGUUAGUGAGUGAAAGUUCUGUUGUGUUUUGAGGAGGACAUUAUAUAGAUCAAAGCUAGCCAAAUUUUAGACUUGUCGAUUUUAUUUUUUAAUUUUCGCAUCUAUGAAAAGAAAAGUAGUGCAAUGAUAUACAAGCUUA